AUUAGUUUGUUUACAUAAUUGCCUUGGUUCGUUCGCGGUUAUCGUGACAAAGAUCGAUGACUAGACAGAUAGAAAUAUUUAAGCAAUGCAUCGUACUUUUAUCGUGUUUGCGAGAACGUGGAUAUAGCGCUGCGUCCACUACUAGUAGUUAGUAGUGAUGCUACUACUACUAGUAGUAGUACUACUAGCCUAGGAUCAGCGCCAUACGUUCUCUGUUUCUACCACCAGUCGCCACGACCAGUCAUGAUUCCAUCAGAGUCGCAAAUCACUUUGAUACAUGGUGACAUUAGUACAACCGACGUGGCUUCUUCGGACGAUCAAUUAACUUAUCUCAGGCUGCAGGAUGACAAGCCUAGUUAUUCGUUGCGGCACAGCUCAUUUAUUCACCAACCAGAGUCAUCUGUUAGUGUUGAUCUGGUUGAAUUAAGUGAUAUGUGCAGUGAGGCGCAUAUACAAUCUGUUGUCAAAAACUGUAAUAACAAUGCACAAUCGGCAUGUAAAAACGACAUCUUUCAGGGGAAUGACAGUACCAGCUGCGUUCAAUUUUGUGUUACGUCUGCAAUAGCAAUCAUUCUACUGUGUGUUGCUCUCUUGGUAUUUCGUGAUUAUAUCAAGCAAUUUCUCACAUGGAUUGAGGAUCAAGACAGUUUCACAUCAGUUUGUUUAUUUGUAAUUUUCUUUACCAUAGUGGCUUUCCCAAUGACAUGGGGCUAUAUACUCCUCAACCUCGGUGCAGGUUAUCUCUAUGGUGUCGUUUAUGGGUUAACUGUGGUUGUGCUGUCAUGCAUGGUAGGUGUACCAGUGGCACACUUUAUCACGCGUUACCUGCUUUAUGAUAUCAUACGCAACAGGUGUGUUGGGCACAGUGUAAGCAUUAAUGCCAUUCUUGCAAUCGUGGAGCGAAAACACGCAUUCAAAGUUGUGGCUCUCGCAAGACUCACGCCUGUACCAUUUGGGUUGCAGAAUGCCAUAUUUGCGGUCAGCAAGAUCAGUACUCCAGUCUACAUUGGGGCAACAUGCCUGGGUCUUUUGCCGACCCAAACGCUCAACGUCUAUAUGGGUUCGACACUAAGGUCCAUGGAAGAUGUAUUCUCUGACAAUUCCAACAAUGUAAUGGCAUACAUUGUGUUCAUAGCACAGAUAUUGAUCAGUGUUGGUCUGACAGGAUGGAUUUUGAAGUUGGCCCGGGCAGAGCUUCAGCAGACAAUGACGAACUGUCAACUUCUUCCUCGUGAUGGUUCAAUGUCUUCAUCGUCAAGAGUUUCACACUCACAGUGUAGUUUUUCACCCAUAUCAUCUCCCAAAAGACAGAUCAUAAUAGAGACAGUAUGACUUCCUACGCUUCCACGUGUGUUAACGUCUGUAUAGCAGUACAGAAUAUACAGGAUAUUAAUGUGUACAUGGAACAUGUACACAAACAUCUGGUUUGGUUGUAUAAGUUACUGACAUAUUUAGUUUUUUGUGUAGCAAGCAGAAAUUUGAAUCAGAAUUAUACAAUCUUGCAAAGGUUUCUUUAGGUUUGGAAAUGAGGUAUUCUGCAGAAAGUUGUGACCAGUCAGAGACCACAAGAGCUAAUAUGCAGCAAUGCUACAAUCUUGUAUAAUGGUGCCAAUUUAUCUAGUUCAGCAUACACAUAGAGAGUCACAAUCAUUAUGUGUAAAUACCAAGCGGAGGUUGCUUAUUGAACAUUGCACGUUAUGUGGAUAGUUUUGCAGUCAGUCAGGCAGUAUCCCUACAAGCACAUUGGGCAAUCGGUUUGCAUAUAUUUGUGAUUCAAUAUUAUGAUUGGCUGACAAUCGUACGUUUGGGAAAAACAACUCUCUUUUUUCUGUAUUAUUGGUUUAGUUUCUAUAUUUAUUCCUGCUAUGGCAAAUUAAUUCGAAUCUAUACCCUUGGUUUGAGGGCCCGACAAACAAGAGUACACUUUUAUUCCAGAUGUAUAUACAAAAGUAAUAUACUGGUAUAACAUAGUCUAAGUAUUUUCCAAUAUUUGGGGGGGUAAACAUAUUAAUAAUAAGUGCACGAUACAAUCAUUUUUGUUUCUGUGGUGUAGGACUUCGUGGAUUUUGUAUUUUUACUCGUUUUGUUUGCGAGUUCUGUUUCGUGUUCGUAACACCGCGACCACGCACCACGCACCGCGGUGGGUAUCGCGUUCGUAAACAACGAAAAUAGGUUUUCAAUUUGUAUUACUCUGUAACUUGCUCAUUUAUUUAAUGUUUACCUGACAUGAUGUAGUCAGAGAGUGAAUGCAGAAUGGCACUAGUGUCUAUUAAUCCAUUAACGAUUAUGAUAUGCAAUCUUUAUGUCUUGCAUGUAGAAGCUAAGCACAGUCUGAAUAAAUAUUGCAAGAUCCUAACUGCAGGUCAGUGGCCAAAGGUCAGGGAAUAUUCAUAUAAUAUGGAAUAUAAGGUUUAUGUAUUUUUGUGUAUAUUGUUUGCAUACUUUGUGAGAAACUGUUUGUGUGGUUUUGGUUCAGCACUGUGCCAUACAUUUUUCUAUAACUCGAUUAAAAAGGCUGUGAAGUGUACUUUUUACUGAAAAGUAAAGAGUAGUUGUAUAGUGACCAAUUGACCAUCAAGUGGCAGACUAAACUUUUCUUGAUUUCAAGAAGUUAAUCACCUCGGUUUGUUUAUAUAAUAUGAUCAUUGAUCUGUUAUGCAAACAUAAGCUGAGAAGGUCUAUGUCCCCCAGGGUACUAUCGGAGGGUACCCUGGGUACGGUUCAAUAUAUCGGAA